AUGGCUUGGCAACGAGUAUUCUCUGACGCAUGUAAUCACUGGGUUGCCGUCUGCAUCAACAUUAUUGAAAAAAGGGUGGAAGUCUUUGACUACGGUGGGGGAAGGAAUAGACAAAACGUUGAGAAGUUUUCUGCUUUGAUUCCUAGGAUAGUGAAUGCUGUUGCAUCACCUGAAAGACAGAAGCAGCUACUCCUCGCAUCAUAUUCUAUCGUGGAUGUGCCUAUGAAGGCGAGACUGAACAAGUCUUGUUGUGACUGCGGUGCAUACGCACUCAAGCACUUGGAAUGCCAUCUGCUAGGUAUCGACCUCGGUUUAUUGGAUGAUGAAAUAAUAAUGGGUUGCAGACAGAAGAUUGGUGUGGAUUUAUGGGAGGCUGCACACGAUCUCAUUUACGCUGAGGCAAUGACACGAUAUGUGCCUUCACCAUGGGAGAGAGAAGAGGUCUUUGAUCUCGAAGAUUGA